UUACUGUCCCUUUAGUUACUACAACAAAAUGUACAUAUUCACACUGUUACUAAUUUUUAUCUUCGGGGCAGAUACAAAAAUUGAAAUACUGUCCGAAAGUGAAAUUCAAUCAACGAUUUCCCUUAGUCGUUGUUUGUUAGAAGCCAGUAAGAUAUAUUUUUCACAUCUAACAUUUAUUUUACCACGAGAGGAAACGCAACAAAUUUUGAACCCGAUGCCGCUGAAUAACUUACUUUUGUCAUCACUUGGAAUUGACCAGAAUGUCACUUAUUUUGUACGUAAUCUAGAUGAGGAAAGUGCCACAGAAUUAACGAAUAUGGAAACCCAAAACUGCAUAAUACAAAUCAGAGACAUGGACGGAUUUGAGGAUAUUAUAAUCAAGCUGACAAGAGCAACUCACUGGAAGUCAAACUCCAAACUUUUGGUCAUUUCGAAAAUCGGAGUCCAAGACCCUCAGACACUAGCAGAAAAAAUUCUGAAAAUUUUGCAGGAAAAGGAGAUCAUGAACUGCGUUAUUCUGCUGCCUGAUCUUGCCAUCCCAACGAAUUAUACUGUCUAUGGUCCAUUUUCAUCGAACGAAGCACGUUGUGGAGGCGUAUAUAAACCACUUGUUAUAGACUCCUGUUCGUAUGGCACCUUCACAGGUAAUCAGUUUUGGUUCUUGGAAAGGGGAGAGGAACGUAUGAAGGGAUGUGAGAUAAAAGUGAAUUAUUUGAACUGGGCUCCUUAUGCUAUGAACGUGGAAGACAGUUAUCAACGUUCGUCUUAUUGGAUCAACCAGGGCCUCGAAGUUAACCUGCUCAAUAUGCUAGGGACAUUACUCGAUUUCAAAAUCGUUUACAGCCGUUCCACUACUUGGGGUAAUGUACUGGAGAACGGUAGCACCACGGGGGAUUUCACUCUUUUAAAAAAUAAAACAGCGGAUAUUCUGAUUGGAGCCUACUCAAUAACUUACAGUAGAAGUCUUUAUCUAGAAACAAGUGUCUCCUAUAUCCUCGAAGGACUUCAGUGGUGUGUGCCACAUGCACCUAUCUGGGAUGGUAUAAAAUUAGGUCAACCGGUGGUUUGGCUUCUGAUUGUCCUUAUUUACAUCACGCUCGUUAUUCCAUUAUGGUUGGUCAGCAGAAGAAACUCUGCUGAAUUAGCUUCUUACAAGAACUUAGCAUCCACUUUAAUAGUUACUUUCGGGGUGAUACUGGGAAUUUCUCCAAAGGAUCUCCCAAAAACCAGAAAGUCCAAGUACUUCAUGACACUGUUGAUUUUUUUGGGUUACUAUGCUAGCACUCUCUAUACUAGCGUAUUAACAAGUGAGGUUAUGCGUCCAGGUUUCGAGGAAAAAUACUCGUCCAUGAAGGAUAUCUACAAUCACAAUUUGAGCACUUACUUCGCAAUUAACACUCUGAGAUACUUUGAGGGAAACAUGAUAAAUGGAGUUCCCAAGAGUGUUAUCGAAAGCAAGGCAAUAUACUGUCACAAUAUUACCAUGUGUUUGGAUAGCGUUGCAUCUGGAGUGUCUGCCUAUUUAUGUCCCACACACCCAUCUACUUUUAUACAGAAGCGAGUAAUUCGAGGUAAAAGGAUGCACUGCUUCGCGUAUAGCAGCGUUGGCGUUCCCAUUGCGAUGAUGAUGCGGAAAGGGUUUCCCUUCAAGGACUCUUUCAAUACUCUUAUACACCGUAUUCUAAGCGCCGGAUUUCUGGUAAAAUGGGAGAGGGACAUACUACAGUCUUUCGAUGAAGGCGGGGAUAGAACAAAUGGUGUGAAGAUGGAAAACUUGAGAGAAAUUUUCAACAUGAUGGUUUUGGGUCAUUUGGUGUCAUGCGGUGUGUUCAUCAUUGAAAUUCAUUUUUGUGUGAACAAAAGAAAUAAAAUAAAUAUAAAGUAAUAUGAGU